GCUGCGGGGUGCGGAGGAGGCGGCAGUGUCCCUGGGAAACGUGGUGUGCGGUGCGGAGCCCUUCCCGCCCCCCGAGGUGCUCGGGCAGCUCCCGUGUGCCUCUCGUAACUAGUGAAGCUACCGCGCGUUACCUCACUGAGUUCAUACGAUAAGCUGGCAUCGGGCUGAGUGUUAACUCAGGGCAGGUUUUUGAAGUGUGUGAUGAAGGUAACAAAGGCUAUUUGAACAGAGAGGACUUUGAAGUGGCUGUAGUAAUGUUGUUUGGUUAUAAUCUCUCAGAGGUAGAAGUAGAUUCAAUAAUGUCUUCUGUGAGACCAGAAAAUUCAGGUAUAUUAUUUGAAAAGUUUUUAAAUCUCAUGAGUGCAAAGAAAUUUGCACAACUGUUUAGUGAUGAAACAAGAGAAAUAUUCACAGCUUUUGACGUGCAAGAUAGAGGAUUCUUGACUUUUGAAGACUUUAAGAAAACCUUCAAUUCUGUUCUUCCAAAAUUAUCUGAAAGAAUCAUAAUUGAAGCCUUCAGAGAGGUUGAUCGGGAUUCUGAUGGGCGCAUCAGCUUCAAAGAGUUUGAGUGUGCAAUGAAGCACGGACAAGAUGAAGUAUCACCAUUGUACUUCGCCUGAAGUAUGCUCUCUGGUGAAAAGACAAAGUGAAAACUUUUAGAUCUCAAGUUAUUUAAAAAUCAAUGAAACUUCAUUUGUUUCAGCCAGCAUUUUAAGAACUUUGACUGUAAGUGUAGCUCUGAAGAACAGCCUUUGAAGCUUUACUGUUGACAAGUUGGGUGUAUUAAUUUACAUGUGUAUGUGUGCAUAGAAUACUUAAAAUAUUUGAAAACUCUGUUGAUUCCCAGUCACCCUAGUUAGGAAAUGCAACUCUGUACUUUUUGGCUUAGAUAGAAAAGAACUGACUCUGAUUUCCAGUUAUUGUGAAAUGCACUCAUUUGAUUUUUCAACAGCCUUUUGUUGGCUGACCAAAAUAUCUCACAUAUCUAGAAACUGAUUAAAAUUAUGGUGGAUAAUGCUUGUUUCUUAGAAAUUAAUAGUAUAUUUGUCUUUCCUUUAUGGUUUCACUUUCAUACAGUGUUCUUUUUUAUAUUGCAAAUUACUUUUAAUUUAACAGGUUUUAGUUAAUUGUCUACCAGAUUUAAUUCUGAACAAUUGAGAACUCUGUAUGUAUAGUAAAAAAAAUGAAGAUAAAAUGAACGUGAAUAAUUAGUUAUUUCCUUUUGAAACAAUUUUCUAAAUUGAGUUAAGAAUAAAACUUGGUCUGCUUCAUGAACUUUAAUCUGGCAGACUGAAAAUACUAUUCAAGCCUACAGCUGACUUUUAGUGAAGAAUUUGUAUGUAAGUGGUUUAGCAGCAUCAGGGAAUUUUCCAAUUGUUGAAAAGAAGAAAAAGGUAGCAUUUAUCACUGUGGGCACAUCUACCUUUUCCUCUCUUUCCUUUUCUUCCUUCUUCCUUCCCUCCCCAUCUCUUUCAUUGGGUUACUGCUUAUGGAGAUGUUCUUGCCCCCUGUAACUUUAUAUACAAUCCAAGCAGUGCUGUAGUGAGAUAAAUCUUCUUAUUCAAUGUAUUUUAUUAGUGAUCCCUUAUUCCCUACUGCCUUUGUGUGUUAAUAUUAGUAGUAAUAGAUGAUAGAGAUUUCAUUAUGGGCAUCGAUCUCUGAUCAUUUUUCAUUCUGUUGCUCCGUUUCCGUUUUCUUGCCAGUUAUUAAGUUGCUUCAAUUAGAGAUUCCUUCUGAAAUUGUGCAGAAGCAAUGCCCUCCUCAUGUGAACUCACAGACUGUAGCACACGCUUAAUGCUACUGUAAAUAAAUAAACCAAUAAUAAUGAUCACUAAGACGAAAAGAGUAUCAGUUCUACUGUUAAGUCAAAAGAGAAAUCUUCAACAUCUUCCUAACUUUAGUGAGGCAUUCCAAAAUACAAUGCAUGGGCAAACUGUUAAUAAAAUAACAUCUGUGUUUGCUGUUCCAAUUUCACACGCGUACCUUACUAGACACACAAAAAGUGAAAUCUUCUUUACUUCCAAGGCAGAUAGUACAUAAAUAAUGGAAUGAAAUUGGAGGCACUGAAUAUAUGAGCAGAUAUAUCCGAUUCUAUGUUCAAGAACCAGGUAUCCAUUAGAUGAAAUGAGCUGUAACUCAAAUAGCAUGCUAAUCAGUGCAAGAGAAAUGGUGUUACCUUUGAAAGGUGAUGGAAAGACCUGCUAAUAGAUAGAUGGUUAGCCUUAGAAAUGGUAUUUCCCAAUAGAUGAAUGUUUUCAUAAGAGAGUCAUCAUCAUGGAUGUUAAUUAGCAAUGUCAUCACAGUCUCUGCUGAGACAUAGAAGAUUGAAUUAUUAUCCCACAGGGAGAGUUGCUACAGGUCUAGACACAUUCAUGAAAAAAAUGUAUGAUGGGUUGCUGUGCUAUUAGUUACACUAUAUUUUUUUGGUCAAUGUACUUCAGUCUUCUGACUCAGGUGUUCAGUCCUUAUACCUGUACCAAACACUAAUUCCAUGCAGUAUUAUUUAUUUCAAACUAAUUAUUUAUUAAGGAGCAACUGAUGUGAAGUUUCUAUCUUACAGAAAUCUCAUUUUCAGUUACUAGCUUCCAUUUAGCCAUUAAAAAGUCUAUGCUGUCUUGUUAGUAUUUCUAACCUGACUGUGGUUUUCUGUCUAAAUAUCUGUCAAUAUCUGCGCUUUAUAGACUCUGUACAACAAUAACCUUCUGUUGAAGAUUAUUACAGACAGAAAGGUCUCUGUAUACUUUUCCUUCUAAGAAAUAUAUAUUGUAUUUGUAGCAAGGAACUUCAGAGAGGAAAAUGCUCUCUAUUUCCUUUACUUCUAUAUACUCUCAUUCCUCAUUUUCUCAGAGACUUUAAAAGUAUGAACUUGAAUUACUGAGAAUAGAAAAUCCAGGAGAGGUCAAUGAAAUUAUUUUACCAUGUUGCAAAGGUUUGUUGUUGCCGUUGUUGUUUUAAACAUGAUUUUUUAGAGAAGUUCUAUUCUUAAGCAUUCUUGUUUCCCCUCCCAUGAGGCCUUGUGGAAAGAAAUUGUAGAUGACCACAGCUGAGUGGAACUGAGUAGGCUCAGAUGAUGCAGUCCCUGCUGGACAGCUGAAUAAAAGCUAAUUACUAGCUAAUGUUUAUCAAAGUUCAGUCAGCAAACUGCAGAACACUUCAGCUAUCGUUGCAAAUUGAUAAAAUUAGGAAUGACAUUUAGUGAGGUGGGUGAAAUGGGAGAUUAUUCUCACUAAUGAUUUGGGAAAUAAAAACAGCAGCUACCCAAGGAUUAGAUGAAAGAUGCUUUUCAUUUUUGUAUAUGUUCUCUUGCUGAUGUAACAGCUUCCUUUUUGGUCAACAGGAAAGGAGUGGUAGAGCUGUGAUCAGCAUAGUUCACCAGCUGUAAUGCUAGGGUUCCUUAAAGGGGAAUAUACACUCACCAACAGGUUACGUUCUUACUUGUAAUACUUCCUAACAAUGAUAAUAGGAGCUCAGGAGGAAGAAAAAAA